CAGUUCUAUUCAAAAUUUGUGACGACGAAGUGAAAAUGUUGAAUCUGCACUGUUUUGUAUUUCUUGUGGCAGUUGCCUCGAUUUUCAACUAUGUGUCAACUUGUACACUUUCGGUUCAAAGAAUCUCGCCAUUAUUCACGCAAACAUUUGGAUCCAGGACCAUAGCAUUCAAAGCGCGUGAAAAUACUGUGUAUUUUGAAGAUUCAGUUAAAGCAUAUUGUAGUGAUGGAGAAUUGAAAAUUGAAAGCCAAAGAAACGAUUACAACCACUGGGAUAAUAGUUUACAAUCUGAAAUAUAUCAAAAUACAGUUGAGUUCGAUUGCUUUAACAAAAAGAUUAAAAUUAAUAAUGUUUUUCAUACGAACGUAAGAGUAUCAUGCUUAAACGAAAUAAAACUCAAACUUUAUGAGAGCACCACAGUUCUACCAAAAUGUGAUGGGUUCAAUAAUUACGCAAUCGGUUUUAACCAUGUUGAUGUGGGCGAGGUGAUCAAGGCUGGCAUCUGUUACGAUCUGGACGCACUAUCGCUGAAAUUCGCCAUGUAUGUCGUCUCUCCGAAGAAUGUCUUAAUAUCCAAAAAGAACCAUAACUCCGGAGUGUUGUCUGUAAGCCUCGAUUUCGACUUGAAAACCAACGAUUUAAACAAUUUCUUUGAUCUUAUAAACAUAUCAUUUUUUACUAUUUGUAGAAAGGACUCAUUGGAUAGCGCUUUGGCAAACCAAUUUCAAGUCGACAACUUAAUACAGGACAAAUCGCUAAUGAUAGAACUCCAACAUUGGGACACAUUUAAUACCAUAUGGUGGCGUCAAUUACGCGAGGAGAAUUGGCGCUACUUCCUCGAAGCGCUUGGCCAACGAACGAAAUCUGCCCAAAGAUCGUAUGUAGUUAGUGUGGGCACUUAUGGCAACAUCACCAUGCCAUCGGCUACGAUUAAUUGCACUUCAUCAAAAACGAAUUUACUAACCGUCAAAACUAGUGACACAGAGGUUUUGGUACCGGCAUAUAUGUGGGCCUACGUGAAAUCCCUAGCCGUCGAUGAUGUGGAAGAGUUUGUUGUUAUCGGACAUAAUUCACCUUAUGCUGAAGACCCCGAGCAUAAUCCAUUCUGCGCUGUUGAUAUGUGCGACGAAAUUGAGUGGUUGAACGAAAGCAAAUUCGGCUACUUGCGACGCCUACCAACGCUUGGUUACACUUUCUGCUGCCCCCCAGACGAGGUCGCCAAUAUUAUCGAUUAUAUUCCCUUACAUGUUACGGCUGAAGGUGAAACUACAGUGAAGAAUACAGAAGGAUAUUAUGAUGUUAUUUGAGCGAACACAAAUAAUUAAAACUAAUAACUAAAAAAUAUACUCAUUUUACUAAAAUAAAUAGAAUUUCAUUCCAAUACUCGUUACGUUUGUAUACA